ACUCCACGCCAAGACGCAGUGCCACUCACCCUCUCCACAUUCACCUUUCUCAAAGAAACUAGGGUUCAAGCAUCGAAAAUCUUCACAUAAAAAACCUCGUGAACUUUUUCUGUUUCUGUAAAAAUGGUUUCGAAGGGUGACGUGGCGGACGUCGGCGAAAACAAGAAGCAGAAGAAGAGAAAGAACAAUGAAGGAGAAACCGAAAGGCAACGACGUCGUCGAGAGAAAGAAGAAUCUAAAGUGAAGGAAAAACUUUCUUUGCAAAAGCAAGCCGAUAUCAUGCACAAGUUUCUCAAUAGAACCAAAACUAGCGAUCGAAAUGACCAACACCUCAAUACAAAGAUCGAAACUCCGUUUGAUUCAGCUACACUAUCGAUGGAUGCUACCCUUCAUUCUGGUCCUGAAUUUUCCAGUGAGGACAUUCGCAAGGCACAGAUUUCGAGGUGGCAUGAUUUGAGUAAAUCGGUUCGAUCAAAGAGGAGUCAAAGGUGGGGUAUACGAUUGAAACCUAAGUUUGAACUUUAUAAGGAGCUUAAGCUUCGAGCUACUGUAAGAGUGGCUCAUUAUGGUGACUUGAUAUUGGGGGAGCAUGCAGAACGUUCUCUUCUUGAUGUGAAGAUGAACCAGCAUGGGAAACAGUUAUUUCAGUUUGAUCAUAGUCCAAGACCUGCCUUUUAUGGUAUUUGGGACAAGAAAAGUCAAGUUGUUGGACCACGCCAUCCUUUUAGGAAGGAUUCCAGCUUGGAUUAUGAUGUCGACAGCGACGAGGAAUGGAAAGAGGUGGAUCCUGGUGAAAGCCUGUCAGGUUAUGACCAAGAUGAAGAGGAAUGUUCAACAUCUGAUUAUGAAAUUUGUGGUGGGUAUUUUGUUCCUGAUGGAUAUCUCUCAGAAGAUGAGGGUGCACAUGUGGAUAAAAUGGAAACAAAUGUUGACAUUGAUGGAGGGGAGAACUUACCAAAAGGCAAGGAUGAUGUAGAGAGGGAUGAGUUCUGUGCUUUGCUUCAACAACAGAAGAAUCUAAAUAAUUUGAUAAAGAUUGCUCUUGGAAAAAAUAAGCCAUUGAUUAUAACAAAUUUUGUGCAUGAGAUGAGAUCGGUUCAAGAUAAUGGUACUAUUAAGUCAGAGCAGAUUUGGUUGCAAUACUUGAGUUCUCAUGUAAUUUCUGCCAUAGAUAUAUCUGUGAAUCAUUUUCAAGAUGAGGACCAAAAACACUCCAGCGGAGGCAGUGUCGCUCCAGUAUGUGAUGAUGAUGCUAUUCCGGAAUCGAAUCUUCCUCUCAUUGUGGCUGCCAUUCAGACUUAUCCUAGGAGCUUAAGUAAAGUGUUGAAGUCUUUGAAACGAAGAUUUCCUCUGCCUCAAGAUUUACUGAAGGAUAAAGUGCAUGAGAUAUCAAACUAUGUUGAUAACUGUUUGCAGGUGAAGAAAGAAGUUCUAGUUAAGCUUGGUCUAGAUCAGGGUUGUUCAAAAUCGGAAUCAAGGAGCAGGACUGUGCAUUCUUCAAGAAGUUGUUUUCCACCUACUAGUGACAUCCUGAAACCUGGUGAAAUUCUAAUCCUAUCAUCCCAAUAAUCACGCUAUGUUGUUCCUGAAUUAGUGCAGCGUUAUUCUUGUAAUCUAGAAGGUCCUUUUUCAAUAGGAUAUGAUUGGUUUGGGAUAUUAAACUCAGCUUGAGGAUGAUACUCCUGUCCUUUAACAUUGUUUUCUUUUCUAUGGGGCAUGAA